AUGGGAGCAGUGAGUUGUCGGAAGGGGCAACAUGCCCAGAUGGCUGCUCCUCAUAAGCAGGGUGGCAACAUCCAGGGCCCCUGGGUCCCCUGGGUCCGAGGCUAGAAGAGCCUCUGGCCAGGUGUGGGGACCACCAGGUCAGGUCUGAAAGAGUUGCUGUGGGGACUACAGGGGCAUCAGUUCCUGCACCAGGAGCCCCUGGAGCCAGCCCCACUGCUAGUAGAGAAGCCUCUGCCUGAGUGGCCAGUGCCUCAGUUCAUCAACCUCUUUCUGCCGGAGUUUCCUAUUAGGCCCCUUAGGGGGCAUCAGCAGCUGAAGAUUUUAGGCCUUGUGGCUAAAGGCUCCUUUGGAACUGUCCUCAAGGUGCUAGACUGUGGCCAGAAAGCAGUAUUUGUGGUGAAGGUGGUGCCCAAAGUAAAGGUCCUACAGAGGGACAACCUGAGGCAGUGCAAAGAGGAGGUCAGCAUCCAGCGACAGAUCAACCAUCCUUUUGUACACAGUUUGGGGGACAGCUGGCAGGGAAAACGGCACCUCUUCAUGAUGCGUAGCUACUGCAGCACAGAUCUGUACUCCCUGUGGUCCGCUGUUGGCUGCUUUAGUGAGGCUUCCAUCCGCCUCUUUGCUGCUGAGCUGAUCCUGGUGCUGUGCUAUCUCCAUGACUUCGGCAUCAUCCAUCGAGACGUGAAGAUGGAGAAUAUCCUUCUGGAUGAACGAGGCCAUCUGAAACUGACAGACUUUGGCCUGUCCCGCCACCUGCCCCAAGGAACCCGAGCCUAUACUAUCUGUGGCACUCUUCAGUACAUGGCCCCAGAGGUCCUGAGUGGAGGACCUUACAACCAUGCUGCUGAUUGGUGGUCUCUGGGUGUCUUGCUUUUCUCUCUGUCAACUGGAAAGUUCCCAGUGCCCGCAGAGAGAGAUCAUGUGGCCAUGUUGGCAAGCGUGACCCACUAUGACUCUGCGAUCCCAGCUUCUCUUAACCAGGGGCUCUCACUCCUGCUCCAUGAGCUAUUAUGCCAGAAUCCCCUCCACCGUCUACGUUAUUUGCAUCACUUCCAGGUCCACCCUUUCUUUCGGGGUGUGGCCUUUGACCCAGAGCUCCUACAGAAGCAUCCAGUGAACUUUGUCAUGGAGACACAAGCUACCCAGCCCAGUCCAUCAUCGGAGUCCAUGUUCUUCAAGGACUUUGACUGUAAUCUGGAGUCCUUCCUGGUGCACCCCAGCCUGGCUUGA